CGAACCUGCAAGAAUACUCUCACGCCAUUGGUUUGCGACGUCAAUCCAGGCUCCCUCGUAAAGCCAGUAGCCGAAAGGUACCAAGAUGGCGGAGGCUUCCUUGGGAAGUACAAGCCCAGUUGGCUCUUUAUCAUCGGAUGAUCAUGAUUUUGACCCGACGGCAGAAAUGCUGGUGCACGAUUUCGAUGAUGAACGUACGUUAGAGGAAGAGGAGAUGAGGGAGGCCGAGUCGAGCGGGAGCUCGGAAAUCGCUGAUCUGGAGAAGGAGGGGAGUAUGCCGUUGGAAGAGCUGCUGGCGUUGUACAGAUACGAAGCUGCAGACAGCGCUGCUGGAGGGUCGAGUGCGGACAGCUCGUCUGUAGAGCUGACCGAUGAGCUGCCCGACAUGACGUUAGAUAAAGAGGAAAUCGCUAAAGAUCUGCUCUCUGGAGACGAUGAAGAAACACAGUCGUCUGCCGAUGACCUCACGCCGUCUGUGACGUCACACGAAACCAACGAUUUCUUCCCCAGAACUCUUCGCUCGAAUGUGGUUUACGACGGAGACAAAGAAUCUGAGGGCGAGGAUGAUGGUUUGAGUCCUGAAGACUCUCGCAAGGAGAUCAUGGUGGGAUCUGAAUAUCAGGCAGAAAUUCCUGCUCUUACCUGUUAUAACGACCAGGAUAAAGUGUACGCAGAGGAAGAUCAGCUGCUUUGGCAGCCGGACAUGUUGCCCGAGUCAAAAGUCAAAAGCUUCUUGCAGGACGCUCUGCGUGUGGACGGAAAGUUGGAUGGAGAAGGCAAAUGUUCUCUAGUCAAAGACAACGAGCAGGCUUUAUAUGAGCUUUUGAAGUGUAACUACAACGUCCAGGAAGCUCUUGAACACUAUCGCAGCAAAGACAAAUCCUCAAAGGACGAGAUGCUCCCGUGGUCUGAAGAAGAAUGCCGAAAUUUUGAACACGCUCUUCUGUUGUACGAGAAGAACUUCCACCUCAUUCAGAAACACAAAGUCAACACACGAACGGUGGCAGAAUGUGUUGCGUUUUACUACAUGUGGAAGAAGUCCGAGCGAUUCGACUUUUUCGUCCAGCAAAACCGAUUCGGGAAGAAGAAGUUCAGCAGUUAUCCUGGUGUUACGGAUCUGAUGGACCGGUUGGUGGAUGAGGCCGAGGGUUUGGUGGAUGGAUCUGCUUCUGUGUGUUCCAGCGGCAGCGGCAGGAUAGAGCCUCCGACCGAACAACAGCUCAACCUGCUCAACUCCAUCACAGCCAGUGACCUCUCCGCGCUGACGAGCACAGUGGCGUCGGUGUGUAACCCUGCAGACGUCAGCUGUCUGGACUCCUACAGCUUCUCCUCGCUGGACGGACUGCACCGCGGGCCCCUGAGCCACGAAGAGCCGCUCAACUACUCCAGCAACGGAGACGGAGACUGUCUAAACCUGAUGGAGACGGGCUUCUACCACUCGGACCUCGGGCAGAUCGGUGUGUGCGGAGAGGACUGCGAGCGGCCCCCGGCCAAGCGGCUGAAGAUGGGCCUGUCGGAGCCAUUCUUAAACGACAACAGGAACAUGAGCGUAGAUUUCGAGGGCCGCACGCACCACAUCACAAGUGCCAAAAUGGCAGUUUCGGUCAGUGACUUCAGCGAGGCGGGCAGCUACAUGGGAGCGCACACACUACAUCAGCACACGGCGCUGCAGUCGGAGUAAUCCAACAUGUGCACCGCCACAUACUCCUUCACACAUUUGUUUUUGCUUUCUUGAUUAUAUACGUGUGUGUGUGUAUAUAUGUACAGAUUGAUCUUUUUUUUUUUUUUUUACUAUGACAUCAGUGAUGUCUAAUUGUACAGACCUAAAUCUUGAUUUCUCAAGAGUUAAUACAGCCAUUUAUUUUCCAGUCUUGAAGUGUCAUAAGCGUCCGAAUACUGUGGAAAACUUGAACUGGCGUACUUCAGCCGGGUUUUUCGAAGCCAUCGUGACGACUGGCUGCCAGCUCGGCCUCUCUGUGGUUCCCAUCAGUGUUUACAGCUCACCCUUCGUCUGAACGGCAUUUAGGACCACUUCUUCAAUUGGCUUUUUUGCACCAUUUGAGCACAAGAACCCUGGGAGAUUUUCUGCUAUUUUGAUGGACUGCAAAAACAAACCUACGAACAAUUGAAAGUGGUUCUAGCAUAUAUAUAUAUAUAUAUAGAGGCCCUAAAUACAAUAGAGGUAUUACGACGUGUGUAAUUUAUAUAUUUCUGCGCAUAUUUAUUAGUGUUCCUCUUGCUUUACCAGUCAGCGUUUGGCAUAUUUAUUGCAAUGAAGACCAUUGGACUGCAUUAUGGUCAGUUUUUGUUUUUUUGUUUCCCAAAGUGGUUUUGAAAUACUGGCACAUGUAUUUUUUAUUUUUUUUUCGAUUUCUUUUGAUAUUUGGAUAAUAAUCACUAUUUAUUGAAAAACCAUUUUGCAGGGAUUUCUCGGCGCGGGAACAGAACCGGCCCGCAGUUUUACCCGUCUGCUCCCUUCAGUAACCGAUUAUGCAACGUUGUAAAUGAUUUCUGUUCAUCAUCGGCGUCCGCUUGCUCUCCAGGUCCUUGGUGGAGGCCUGCAAGCACCGACCCGAGGUUUAUCUAUGCAUCAAGAAUCGCUUACAGAUGAAACGGAUCAUUUCGGACCUUGUUUGCUUGUUUUUUCCAGCUUUCCCGAGUUUUAUUUUACACGCUCUCGUAUGGCAAUAAUUUGUAAAUAUGUAUAGAUACCACACACCUUCCCAUUUUUUUUUCUUCUUCGGCUGACAGACUUGGUUUUAAGUCUGCGUAUGCCACAAGAAUGCCUUCUCGACUUCCUUUACCGUUCGUUCGACGCUUUUCCUCAAAAGAGAUUUGCUUAAGAAGAGAGUUAUUUAUUUAUUUAUUCACUCGACUGCAAGUGGGUGUAGUGUGUUAGCGUCCGCCGGAGACGGAGGGCCGCCGUUGUCUUCACAGGAAGUAGCGGCGCUAGCUGAAUGUACAGUAUUAUCACAUCUUAGGGAUUUACUGAACUCGAAUGUCUCGCGGUUAAGGCAGAAGCCCGGUUUGCAGUAUUGCCUUAACCUUCAUUCAAAACCUGGGAGGGUUUCCAGGACGGCGAUCUUUUGGACGGUCUGUGGUUUCCUCGUACCUGUGGACGGAAUCCUCCGUAGUUUUAUUUAUUUUUUUUGGACUUGACAUACUUGAAGGAUGUGUGUUGAUCGAUUUAAAUACGAUAUUCUCCAAUUCAGUCCUGUAGGUUGUGCAAUUCAUUUCUUCUGUCCCUGCGAGAAUGGAAAAGAGCUUUAGGAAAUUGUGUCGGUGCAGUAAUUUGUCCAAAGUUUGUAUAAAAAAAAAAAAAUUUGAAAUUGUAAUGUAGUAAUGGUUGUCUGCUUCCAGGGGGAAAAAAUGUACAUUUAAAAACCUUCCAUUAUCUUUGGAAUGUUGUAUGCUUUAUUUUGUUUCAUAUUCAAUUUUCAUUCACUUUCAUGCUUUUUGGAGGAGGGGGAAGUUACUAGUUAAAGUUCAGUUUUUCAACUUAAUUUGAUGUGAUAAAAGUAUAGUGUUGAAUAGACAAUCAAACGUCGAUUAAUAUUGGAAAAGGACAUUUUAUCAUUCUAAAUGUUUGUACAUAGACACUGUUCUCGUUUUGUUGGUUUUUAUUUUGUAUUUUAUGUUGUACUUAACUGGCGAACCGUUCCAGAAAUAAAUAUUCUGGAGAUAUUACAA